CGGGGUUAGGCCGCUACACGCCGGAAGUGGCUGCUGAGUGGGGGCGCUGAGGUGUCGGCCGGCGGGGCAGAGGCCCGGAGCAGGGGGCGGGGGCGUUGGUCAUGUUUCCUUUCGGGCCCCAUAGCCCUGGAGGGGACGGGUCGGCCGGAGCCUGGGCUGAGGAGCCAGCGCCCUAUGAGGGGCAGGCAGCAGCCGCCAGGCCGCCCUCACCUCUACAGCCAGGGGUGGAUGUGACCCCUCCUCAUCCACCUGCCCGGAGCCCUCGCCGCCCCGGUGCCCCAUCGCUGUCCCCGGCCCCACGCGCCGGAGAGCUCGAGCCUCCCGGAGUCCCGGAGUCCUCGGCUGCCUCCGCCCAGGGAGAGCCGUCACCUCCCUCCCCACCGCGCCGGCGGCCCGGGCCAGACUGCAAGGCCGAGAGUCGGGGCCAGCACCGCCUCAGCGCGGGCAUGGGCGGCCCUGGCGCCAGGCUGUUCGGGUGGCUGAAAGAGCGCAGCCUGGGGCGCGGGCUGUUCGUGGACCCAGCGCGGGACAAUUUCCGCACCAUGACUAGCCUCUAUGGUUCCAUCCACCCCGCGGACUCGGUGUACCUCAGCACCCGCACCCAUGGCGCCGUCUUCAACCUCGAGUACUCGCCCGACGGGUCAGUGCUGACAGUUGCUUGUGAACAAACUGAAGUUCUGCUUUUUGACCCUAUAUCUUCAAAGCACAUAAAAACACUUUCUGAAGCUCAUGAAGACUGUGUAAAUAAUAUCAGAUUUCUUGAUAACCGGCUGUUUGCUACCUGCUCUGAUGACACUACAAUAGCACUAUGGGAUCUGAGAAAAUUGAACACCAAAGUAUGCACUUUACAUGGUCACACUAGCUGGGUGAAGAACAUCGAAUAUGAUACUAAUACAAGACUCUUAGUAACAUCAGGAUUUGAUGGAAAUGUCAUUAUUUGGGACACUAACAGGUAUACAGAAGAUGGGUGUCCACAUAAGAAAUUCUUUCACACACGGUUUCUCAUGCGAAUGAGGUUAACACCAGAUUGUUCCAAAAUGUUGAUUUCAACAUCCUCUGGAUAUCUCUUAAUUUUGCAUGACCUUGACUUAACCAAGUCUUUAGAAGUAGGCAGCUAUCCCAUUUUAAGAGCAAGAAGAACUACUUCAAGUUCAGAUUUGACCACUUCAUCAAGUUCUUCUGGUCCUAGAGUUUCUGGCUCACCUUGUCAUCAUAGUGAUUCUAAUUCUUCUGAGAAACACAUGUCACGAGCCUCUCAAAGAGAAGGCAAUCUUCAUGGCUUCCAAGUAUUUCCUUCUCUGGACCAGAAAACACCAGGAGUGUCACCACGAAAUAGUCUUGAAGUUGUAACCCCUGAAGUUCUUGGUGAGAGUGACCAUGGAAACUGCAUCACAUCCUUACAGUUGCACCCAAAAGGCUGGGCCACUCUUCUUCGGUGCUCAAGCAACAGUGAUGAUGAGGAGUGUACUUGUGUCUAUGAAUUCCAAGAAGGAGCUCCAGUGCGACCUGUCUCACCUCGCUGUUCUCUACGACUGACUCAUUACAUUGAAGAAGCCAAUGUAGGCAGGGGUUACAUCAAAGAACUUUGCUUCAGCCCUGAUGGGCGAAUGAUUUCUUCCCCACAUGGCUAUGGGAUUCGCUUGUUGGGAUUUGACAAACAGUGCAGUGAACUUGUCGACUGCUUGCCCAAAGAAGCCAGUCCCUUGCGGGUGAUCCGUUCUCUGUACUCUCAUAAUGAUGUGGUACUGACAACAAAGUUCUCUCCAACACAUUGUCAGAUUGCCUCAGGGUGCCUUAGUGGACGGGUUUCUUUGUAUCAGCCAAAGUUCUAGGCACAACUUACAUCAAAUAAGGAACUCUUCUGGUGUUUGACUUAGGAAUUACUUCAAUUUAGGUGAAGUAUUUUCUUUUUAGAAGAUCUUAUGAGUUUGGGUCAAGAUCCUGGUUCUUAUGGGUCCAUGAACACACUUGUGACCUGAGUACUUGGUCAUCCGGCAUCCUUCAGGCAUCUCCACAUUAGACUCUGCAGCAUCAUCUUUUUCAGCAUUCCUCUGCUCCUGCUUAUCUGUGCCACUGAAUUCCAGUUCUUCUGGUCGUUUUGCAUGGUAGCUCUUGUCAAGUUCCUUCCUUCCUCACUCUCUAUUUCUCUCUUUUCCCUCUCCCUACCCCUCUCUUUCUUUCUGUGUGUUAUUUUUUUUUUUUAAUUUUGGUGGCAAUUUUGUGGACAUUUGGCAGGAGUUUUAAAUGGGGUAGGAGAAACCCAUGACAUUAGAGUUGAAUAAAACCUGGAAGUUGGAUAUUGGCAUAUUGGUUGUUGAAAAAGAAAUUUCAUCUUCACUUAUGAGUAUACCUGGCCUUUUAAAGUUGCUGUUAUGUUUAUCUAUAUUGAGCAUAGAUAAUGGCAUAAUUCUUUUAAUCAUUAAGACAGUCUUGCAACAAAAUGUCUUUUAAGUUUCCUGUUAAAAUUAUAAAAAGAUUUUCAUGAUGAGAGGGAUUUAUUGUGAAAUUCUAGAAAAAAAUUAUCACCUCUCUUUGUAAUUUACUUUACUUGUAUGAAUUUAACAUCUCUAGCAUGUA